AUGUUCUUCUCACCUGCAUCCACAAUUUCCGUAGCAUUUCUCAUUUCAGUAAGCCUAGCAGUACAAUUUGGAGCUGAUGCUGCAGGCAUUGCCAUCUACUGGGGUCAAAAUGGGAAUGAAGGUACCUUGGAGGAAACUUGUGCCACAGGCAACUAUGAAUUUGUAAACCUAGCUUUUCUUCCAACCUUUGGCAAUGGCCAGACCCCCAUGAUCAACCUAGCUGGACACUGUGAUCCCUACACUAAUGGCUGCACUGGCUUGAGCUCUGACAUUAAAUCAUGCCAAGCAAAAGGGGUCAAGGUCAUUCUUUCAAUUGGAGGAGGAGCAGGGAGCUACUUCCUCACAUCUAAAGAGGAUGCUAGGCAAGUUGCUACUUACUUAUGGAACAAUUUCUUGGGGGGAAGUAGUUCUACAUCUCGCCCACUCGGUGACGCAGUUUUGGAUGGAAUUGAUUUCGACAUUGAAGGAGGAACAAACCUACAUUGGGAUGACCUUGCAAGGUACCUCUCUGCAUAUAGUAAACAAGGUAAGAAAGUUUAUUUAACUGCAGCUCCUCAGUGCCCUUUUCCAGAUGCUUGGGUUGGGGGUGCCCUCAAGACAGGCCUUUUUGACAAUGUUUGGGUCCAAUUCUACAACAACCCACCUUGCCAAUACUCCUCUGGGGAUCUUAGCAACCUUGAAAAUGCAUGGAAGCAGUGGAUUUCAGAUAUUCCAGCUACCAAGAUAUUCCUAGGACUACCAGCUGCCCCUGCAGCUGCUGGAAGUGGCUUCAUUCCUGUGGCUGAUCUCACUUCUAAAGUGCUUCCAGCAAUUAAAGGUUCUCCCAAGUAUGGAGGGGUCAUGCUGUGGUCCAAGUAUUAUGAUGAUCAAACUAAAUAUAGCUCUUCCAUCAAGAGCAGUGUCUAA